AUGUCCUCCUUCCAAUCCUCUCACCAGAGCCACUCCGCGUCGCGCCAUCUCCCCGCUUAUAACCCGGUCGCCGCUGUAACCGCGCCUGCGGGGACCUUCCUCCCCGGGACUAAGGUCCAGGUCGGCAGUCACCGCGUGGUGAUUGAGAAAUACCUGUCUGAGGGUGGCUUCGCUCAUGUCUAUGUUGUUCGGUUACCCCAACCUAUCAAUGGCACGGAGACGGCAGUGCUGAAGCGGGUGGCUGUGCCUGAUAAAUCGGCCCUGGCGAACAUGCGCACCGAAGUCGAAACGAUGAAGAAGCUGAAGGGACAUAAGCAUAUUGUCAAAUAUUUUGAUUCGCAUGCCUCCCAACUCAGCGGAGGCGGAUAUGAGGUAUUCCUACUCAUGGAGUUCUGUGGCGGCGGUGGUUUGAUUGACUUCAUGAACACUCGGCUGCAGAACCGCCUGACGGAGCCGGAGAUCAUUAAGAUCUUCUCCGACUGCGCUGAGGGUGUCGCCUGUAUGCACUACCUGAAGCCGCCUCUGCUGCAUCGUGAUCUAAAGGUGGAGAACAUCCUCAUCUCGGGCAAGGGAAGCUCUGCCAUUUACAAGCUUUGCGAUUUUGGAUCCUCCGCCCCUCCUCGCCCGGCGGCGACAUCUGCUGCGGAGGGUCGUUUGAUUGAGGAUGAUGUGCAGCGACACACAACGCUGCAGUACCGCAGUCCGGAGAUGAUUGAUGUAUAUCGGAAACAACCGAUCGACGAGAAGAGUGAUAUCUGGGCCCUUGGUGUGCUCCUGUACAAACUAUGUUAUUAUACAACCCCCUUUGAGGAAGUGGGUCAGAUGGCGAUUCUAAAUGCCACUUUCAAAUACCCCUCAUACCCCCAUUUUUCGGACCGGUUAAAGAUGUUGAUUGCUUCCAUGCUGAGAGAGAACCCGCAGAAGCGGCCUAAUAUAUAUGAGGUGGUGCGAGAAAUGUGUCACAUGCAGGGCAAGGAAGUUCCGAUUCGAGAUGUUCGUGCAAUCAUUCCCCCCUACCGCUAUGCGAAUUUUACUGACAUGAAGAUGCUCCCCCCGGUGGGAGCAGUCUACUCGCUCCAUGUCGAGGAAACCAAGGUCAUUCCUGAGAUCGCACCUAUGCGAAGAGGACGGCCAGGAAAGCCUCAGUCAUCACACGACUCUGCUAAAGCAAGCCCCUCCCCAUACCGUGGUAGCUCCAAAGAUGCAACUUCUAGUGAUCCAUUUGCCGCGCUGGAUGGAGGCGCGGCAGCCCGAAGCAAGAAGUCCGACGAGCUUUCUAAACGCUUCCCCACCUUGGAUCAGUUUGACAUUCUUCACGAAAACGGGGACAAGUUUGAUUUCGAGCCGACGGCAAAGGAUAAGUCGGACGACCAUGAACUCUCGCAGAGACUCACCAAUGCUUUGGCCGACCAAGCAUUUGCUCGACAAACCUCGCCAGAACGUCCAGCGCGACAGGAGCCUCCUUCCAGUCGACAAUCGCAGACUUCGCCUGUGCGCGAACCCCAGCAGGUGUCUGCUAGACAAUCCACUCCGCUAUAUCAACCUACUCCUAAGCGCCCUGCAAUGGUAUCUACUGGAACCAUGACAUCGCCUGCUCAGACACCUCGCUUGCAAGAACGCACAUUGUCCAACCGCCCAAUCUAUCGAUUCCCAACCUCUGAACAGGAUCGUCCCUCAAGUCAGCCCUGGACACAGGAGGAACAGAAGAAGGCACCAUCUCCCCCAUCAUCGGGAUUGCGCCCUGAAGCAAGCCCGCAUGCGAAUGAUCCUGUGGGCCGAUCAAAGUCUGCCAUCGCCAAGGCUCGUCCAGUGUCAGUGCAGGCCGGAUACGUGCCGCGGGAAUCGGAGGCGUCGAGAUCGUCAUUGGAUUUGUCGCAAUACGAAGGCGGUGCGCCAUUGCGAUCAGUCCGAACAGAGCUGGACCGCGAUAAUGAACGGGCCAACAUUUCUUCGGAUAUAGACUACCUUCGAGCGAAGGAAGAGGAGGAAAUCAAUCGCAAGAGGGAGAAGCGCUCUAGCAGCGGCGCAAAGCACAGCAAGCGCGGUAGCUUGUCUUCACUUUCACUUUCAGGCAGCAAGAACUUAUUCGCGGGCCGAUUUGGUGAGGCAUUCCGCCGAUUCGAGAGCGACAAGCCCGCGACCCCCUCGUCAGAAGAGGCCCCCAAGACAAGUCUGAUGAGUGAUACCGAAGCCAGAAACGACGACAUGUCGCCUUAUGAGGAUGAUGUUGUGCUAGAUGACUUGGAUCGAGACGACAUUUCCCCGGAGACCCGCCGCGAGCUAGAGCGCCGUCGCCUCUCCCAGGAGGAGAAGCGGGUUGCCAAUGCUGCGGCCGAGUAUCGACGCCGGGUCGCCGAGAACGACGGUGGAAAAGGAGGUGCUGAAUCGCACCGGUCUCGGGCUAUCCAAAACCGAGUUCAAACGCUUAUCGGCGAAUCUAACAAACCCGCCGCCGCACCGAAAACCGCGUCUGGAUAUGGCAAGUACACCGAAUCCCCUGAUUUGCCGGCAAACCAGGGCGAUGUACGUCCUCCAUCAAACCCAAUCCCUACAUCUCGAACUCCUGGUCCCGUCUACGGUGGCCGUGAAGGAAACAUACCUCUGCCGGACCGUCGCGAGGGUGCCAGUGUCCCCGUUGGAAUUCCUCGGACUGCUACCUCUACGUCGACGGGUUACUCGUCUGGACAACGCCCGGCAUCCCGGUCGGCCGCACCCCCAACUGCACCACCGAAGCCUAAGAACCUGCGCGUAGGGGCCUCGGAUGCCUCCAAGCCCAGUACCAGCAGCGAGCGAAGCCAGCCGAACCCAACCAGCCCGGGUGAAGACUGGGAGACGAACUUCAGCCGGCGGUUCCCCAGUCUCUCCGGCAUGGAAAUGGAGACGGAGAUUGAGAUCCCCAAGUUCCCUAAGCUGAAGACGCGGGAAGUGUAA